AUGGCGUCCCGUUUCUUUGCCGCCAGCGACAGCUCCUCGGAAGAGUCCAGCGAGGAGGAACUCUACUCCAACGACGAGGAGUCUGAACAGGAAGACAGCGACAAGGAUUCCGAUGAUGAGUCCGAUGACGACGACUCCGACUCCGACUCGGGUUCGGAAACUGGUGCCAACCGCUUCUUGAAGGACGCUUCCAGCGACAGCGAGAGCGACGACGAGGAUGUGAACAAGGUGCUGAAGAGUGCCAAGGACAAGCGCUUCGACGAGUUGGAGGCAACCAUUAGGCUCAUUGAGAAUGCGCAAAAGAUCAGCGACUGGGCUGUCAUUUCCGAACAGUUCGACAAGCUCAUCCGCCAGGUGCCAACCCUUACCAAGCAGAACGAUGGCAAGAUCCCCAAGCUCUACAUUCAGGCCGUCGCCGACCUCGAGACGGCUGUAGUUGAGACACACGAGAAGCAGAAGGUCACUCCCAAGAAGAUGAACGCUGUCAACGGUCGUGGGUUCAACGCUGUCCGUCAAAAGAUCAAGAAGCACAACCGCGACUACGAGAAGGACAUCAACGCAUACCGGGAGAACAAGGAGGAAUUCAUGCGCGAGGAGGAGGAGAUUGUUCAGGCACCCAAGGAAAAGAAGAAGAAGAACAAGAUCCCUCAACUCGGUACCGACGUCGUUGAGGAGGCGACCGACGAUGGCUUCAUCACAGUCGGAGCUGGUGGCAAGGCUGUCCUAUACACCGCUGAGGGUAUCCUCAAACACUUGCGUGCUAUUGUCGAGCAGCGCGGUCGCAAGAACUCGGACAAGUUGGAGCACAUCCGGACACUGGAGAAGUUGUUCGACGUAGCCGUCAACGACUACCAGAAGGUCCGCGUUCUCUUGACCCUUAUCUCGACGCGCUUCGAUUUGACCUCCGGUACUGCCAGCCACAUGCAUCAGGAGCAGUGGAAGCUUGCGGACCAAGAAUUCGGAAAGCUCCUCCAGAUCCUCGAGGACAGCAAUGAGAUUGUUGUCAUUGAGAACGCCGAGGAGUGGGAGGACGACGAGAAGCUGCCCACUAUCACACCUGGCGAGAUCUUCCGCAUCCCAGGAAGCAUCGUUUCCUUUGUUGAGAGGCUCGACGACGAACUUACUCGCUCGCUGCAGCACAUCGACCCACACACUUCCGAGUACAUCGAACGGUUGACCGACGAGGCCCUUCUGUACGCUCAGCUCGUACGCACAUUGGUAUACGUUGAGAGCAUGAAGAAGAACCCAAACCUAGAACUUCCACAAGAACCACUGAACCGCAUCGUUAUGCGGAGAUUGGAACACGUCUACUUCAAGCCCUCGCAAGUCAUCACGAUCCUCGAGAACAACGUUUGGAAGGCAAUUCCAGAGAGCCUUGAUUCUGAGAUUACCCCCCGCGCCAUCUCCAACGACACCGCUUCUCUCGUACAAACCCUAUGCACAUACCUGUUCCAGAACAGCGAGGGCAUCAUUCGCGCUCGCGCCAUGUUGUGCCAGAUUUACUUCUUGUCUCUUCACGACCAGUACUACAAGGCUCGCGACAUGAUGCUCAUGUCUCACUUGCAAGAGACUAUCAGCAACUUCGACGUCAACACACAAAUCUUGUUCAACCGUGCGCUGGUUCAGGUCGGCCUUUGCGCUUUCCGCGCCGGUCUCGUCUACGAAGCACAAACUUCGCUACAAGAGAUCUGCGGUAGCAACAGGCAAAAGGAGUUGCUCGCACAAGGUCUGCAGAUGCAGCGGUACUCCCAGAUCUCGCCCGAGCAAGAGCGUCUUGAGCGUCAACGACAACUUCCCUUCCACAUGCACAUCAACCUUGAGCUGCUAGAGUGCGUCUACUUGACUUGCUCUAUGUUGCUUGAGAUUCCUCUCCUCGCACAACUCGGCUCAUCACCAGACCUCAGGAAGCGGGUGAUCAGCAAGACCUACCGCCGUCUCUUAGAGUACCAUGAGCGCCAGAUCUUCACUGGACCGCCUGAGAACACCCGUGACCACGUCAUGCAAGCCUCGAAGGCACUGUCUGCUGGUGAAUGGAAGAAGGCAGCCGAGUUCAUCAACUCGAUCAAGAUCUGGGAGCUGAUGGCCGAUUCGGAGAAGAUCAAGGAAAUGCUGUCCUCGCAAAUCCAAGAGGAGGGUCUCCGCACUUACCUCUUCACGUACGCACCUUUCUACGACACACUCUCCAUUUCCACUCUAGCGGGUAUGUUUGAGUUGUCAGAGCGCAAGGUUUCGGCGGUCGUCUCAAAGAUGAUCUCACACGAGGAACUCGCCGCUGCUCUCGACCAGGUCAACUCGGCCAUCAUCUUCAGGAAGGGUGUUGAGCUGUCAAGACUCCAGACGCUCGCACUGAGCUUAUCAGACAAGGCGUCAGGCCUCAUCGAGUCGAAUGAGAAGACACUGGAGCAACGCACACAAGGUACCGCCAAUGCCUUUGAGAGGCAAGGUGGACGUGGUAACCGCGGUGGCCGAGGAGGCGGCCGUGGCGGUGGUGGUCGUGGAGGAGGCGGACCAAGGGGAGGAAGGAAUCAGCAGUUCACUGGUGGUGCUUUGGGACGUGCCAUCCAGGCUUAG